UCUCAAAAGCUGUGUAUUAUUUGUAAGCAAAAAAAUGUUUCCACCGUUUUUCUAAACUGUCGCUCCGUGUUCAACUCCUUAGCAGACAUACCAACACAAAUCCAAACACAUAACAAAAAGAGAGAAAAAAAAAAAAAAAAAAAAAACUUAGAAAAAUCACACAUAAGAAAAGUAGCAUUACCAAUUUCUAACUUUAGAGAGAGAAAAAAAAAAAAGGAAAAUCAAUCUGCAGGAAAUUUUAAAGAAAAAAAUAUUUCCUGUUAGACUGAUUUUCCUUCAACUUACCCACAUCUUUUAUUCCUUGUUAGCACUUAUUGCUUGUGCAAAAUUUGUUUUUUUUUUCUCUUGCAAUUUGAUUCCCUCUACAAUUUGGGUUUGUUUUAGCAUAUGAAUUAGAGGGUUUAAUUUGGGUUUUUAGGAAGAAUAAUGUUGGCAUUCAAUUUCAAAGUUGGUUUAUGAUGUAAUACAAAAGUUGUUAUUUACAUACAAAAAAAAAAAAAAAAAGAUGUCGUUUUACAUUGGUCGCGAGGCUUCUAAGCUAUGGAAGAGAAUUUGUACAGAGACAACAAUAGAGAUCAAUCUUCUUGCCCAAAAUUGGAAAUAUAUUCUUGGUGGUUUGAUAUUUCAGUACAUCCAUGGACUUGGUGCUCGUGGGGUUCAUUACUUACAUCGACCUGGACCAACACUUCAGGACGUUGGCUUCUUUUUUCUUCCGGAGCUUGGGGCAGACAAAGCUUACAUAAGUGAAACUGUAUUCACCACCAUUUUUCUAUCUUUUGUCUUGUGGACAUCCCAUCCUUUCAUUUUCAAGACCAAAAAGAUCUAUACGGUGUUGAUAUUGUGCAGGGUCCUGUCAUUCUUAGUAGCUUGUCAAUUUCUUCGGAUGAUAACAUUCUAUUCUACACAACUUCCCGGUCCAAAUUAUCACUGCCGUGAGGGUUCAAAGCUUGCCACACUUCCUCGGCCUAAUAGUGUUUUAGAAGUUCUACUACUUAAUUUUCCUCGGGGCAUGCUUUAUGGUUGUGGUGAUUUGAUAUUUUCAUCGCAUAUGAUAUUCUCUUUAGUCUUUGUCCGGACGUAUCAUAAAUAUGGCACACGAAGGUUUAUAAAGCAAUGUGCUUGGUUAGCUGUUAUUGCUCAGAGCUUUUUGAUUGUUGCAUCACGUAAACAUUACACUGUUGACGUUGUUGUGGCAUGGUACACUGUUAAUCUAGUAGUGUUCUUCAUUGACAAAAAAUUACCAGAAUUGCCUGACCGCGCUAUUGCAGCCUCGUUGCUACCAGUAAGCAAGGAUAACAAGACUAAAGAAGGGAAUCACAAACUUCUGAACGGAAAUUCCGGAGAUCCUGAAGACUGGAGGCCUAGAACCCAAAUCAACGGGAUGAUCAUGGAAGAUGGUAACGCGGUCCAUGUUGAAGCUUCGAUGAAUGGUGUAUAGACGAGAAAAUGCACAGAGGGACAUGAACUGAGCCGGAUUGAGGAACUGCUGAUUUCAUUGACUUUCGUUAACUUCCUCUCAUCGAUCGCUUAUGUGCUUCUUAGUGAUCCAUUUAUCCUUAACUAGAUGUUUGGAUUUGAAUCUAGUAAAUGAAUGACCUUUUUUUGAGGUG